CCAAAGGGACCCUGACAAAGACAGCCAAACCAGCCAAGACAACCAGCCAACAAGAAAACCAACCAAGAAAAGCCAACCAACAAUCUCUUCUCUCACUAUCCGCAACACCUUAUUCUACCAACAUGAAGUUUUUCGCACUUCUCUUCGUCGCCGCUGCUGCCAUUGCGGCCCCUGGCGCAACCAACCAGGACCAGAAUCAAGACCUGGCCCCCUAUGUCCCCUGCCCUGGUCCUAUUCAAGACACGCCCCUGUGCUGUGGGGAUGUUAUUGAUGGCUUCAGCUUUCAGUGCCAAUCCCCACCCACGCCGCCUGCCAGUGCCACCGAUUUCACGGCCGUUUGCGCCGCGAUCUUGCCUCUUGCCAAGCGACCUCGUUGCUGCUCAUUCCGAAUCGGCGGUCUGGGAGUCAUCUGUGUCAAUCCCAUCGGCGUCUUCGCCCUGGAAGGAGAAGAUGAUGCGCCUCGGGGCUAGAUGGGCUGACAGCAAAUCCAUUUUGAAUUGAUUGAACGUUGGGUUGCCCAAGUUCUCUUCACGAUGGUGCGUGUUAGCACAGCACAUGAAUGAAUAGGGGAAGGAGCUCGAUGGUAUUUUUUUGGGAGAAACAACGAGCCUCAGUCUAAGAUAUCCCCUAUCCAAUUGUUUUUCUCAUACUUUCACGCAAUUGCAAAGGCUACUGAAGUUUCUAAGCAAGCAAAAGCCAGACGCAGGGUAGCCACUAUCCGCGAGGGCACAGACAAUGAAUAGAGGGUUGGACUUCAGCGUUAGCAUUUAUUACAACAGUCGCUACAGAUCAAUAAAUCACUGCUUAAGCCUUGCUGAGAUUUUUGUGCUCCUAGAACACCAU